AUGCGUUCGCGAACGCAGCUGCCCUGCUUGGCCUUCACUGUCUCAUCUUUCUUCGCUUCUUUCUCUCAUGUUUUGGCCCAUGGAUAUGUUGGACAAGUCACCAUCGAUGGGACGGUCUAUAACGGAAAUGCUCCGGGGGAAACUGCUAAUGCCAGCCCUAUACGCCAGAUCAGCUCGAACGGUCCCGUCAAGGGAGCAAGCAAUCCAGAUCUGAAUUGUGGUCUUGAUGCUCAGCUGGCGAGCGAAGUCGCAGACGCCAAUUCUGGAAGCACCGUGGUGUUCCAGUGGACUGAUGGGCCGGACAACUGGCCUCACGAAGUUGGCCCGUUGAUGACCUAUAUGGCUAUGUGCGAGGAUACGACUUGCGACCAGUACAACUCCACCAACGCUGCCUGGUUCAAAAUCGAUCAGGUUGGCCUCAAGUCGGACGAUUCGACCUGGUAUCAGGCAGAGAUUAUGCAAGGGAAGUCCUUCUCAGUGUCACUCCCCGACAAUCUCGCGCCAGGCGACUACCUCAUCCGUCACGAGAUCAUCGCUCUUCACCUUGCCGAUUCAGAGGGCGGUGCCGAAUUCUACCCCUCUUGCACGCAAGUUCGCAUCGGCGGUUCGGGGACUGGUACCCCAGACAGCACCGUCGCCUUUCCUGGAGCGUACAACGAUGACGACCCCGGUAUCUACGAUCCUACGAUCUUCAACGGGAACCAGAUCUACAUUUUCCCUGGUCCUGAUAUUUCGAACCUCGCCGCUACAGCAGAUCAAUCCACAGAGGAAGGUGGACAAGCUCCGUCCGGUAUACUCGAGAACGGCCAGACGGUAACAGCGACCGGCUCCGCGAUUGCAUCGUCAGCAGCCACAACUAGUUCUGGCUCAAGUUCAAGUACAGGUUCGGGCUCGGACUCCGGAUCAUCUGGGACAUCCUCGACCUCCUCCAAUGUGGCCAAGUGCAAUCUCAAGAAACGGGACACCGCUACCUUGGCCAAGCGGGGCGCCGCGAAACACAGGAGCCACUGGAGCAAGAUCUUGCGCUCUUGGAUUCGCCAUUCAUGA